AUGUCCAAGGCAUUAGAGUCGGAGCUGACUACGUAUUUCAAGGGUCUGAAGCACACACUAGCCAAGGAAGCAUCAAAUGGAACGGGCAGAAUCAAGACUGGCAAGGAUCCUCUUAUGUUCGAUCUGUACAUUUUUCUCUGUAAGAAGAUGCUUCUACUACCUGGGAAGGACAUGGCAUUCUCGCAUGCGUACAUGGUUAUCGCGUGGAAUUUAAUGUGCCGGUCAUCUAAUGCAUUUGGAAUCCGCCACUCACAUAUGGAGUGGAGAGGUGAUGCGUUGCAAAUUUACUUUGCCCAUAUGAAGAAUGAUCAAGGCGGAGAGCGCCCGCGUGACACUCGGCAUAUUUAUGCCAACCCCCUGGAGCCUUCCAUUUGCCCCAUUGUUGCGUUGGGUUUAUAUUGGGCGACUACUGUGUUUGAUGAUAGACAUCUUCUCUUCCAUGGAAGCAAUCACGCCAAGGCCUCGAUCCAACAGAGCUUGGGACCCAUUCAAUGA